CAUUCACAUACUUGUUUGGUGCGAAAAAAAGCGCAGCAACAAACGACAAGAGCAGCAGAAGAAGAGGAGUUCAACUUCUUUGUUGUGUUUAAUUAAUAAUUUUUUUUUUUGUGUGGUCAAAUCGAGGAAAUUCAACUUCCAAAAAGCAGCGAAUAGGAUAGAGAUGGCGGAUGAUGUUGGUUGCUGUAAGACUGAGUUCUUCUUGUAUUUGGUGGCAAUAGUAGGGCUAGUGGCAUUUGCAGGGCUUAUGGCUGGCCUUACGUUAGGUCUCAUGUCGUUAGGUCUCGUCGAUCUUGAAGUUCUCAAGAGGUCUGGCCGUCCUCAGGAUCGCAUCCAUGCCGCUAAAAUAUUGCCAGUUGUAAAAAAUCAGCAUCUUCUGCUAUGUACUCUUUUGAUUGGUAACUCUUUAGCUAUGGAGACUCUUCCCAUAUUCUUGGACAAGAUUGUUCCUCCUUGGGCUGCAAUUCUGAUAUCAGUGACUCUCAUACUAAUGUUUGGAGAGAUAUUGCCACAAGCAGUCUGUACUCGUUAUGGCUUAAAAGUUGGAGCAUUUAUGGCGCCGUUUGUUCGUGUUCUUGUUUUGUUAUUCUUCCCCAUUUCUUAUCCAAUUAGUAAGGUUUUGGAUUGGAUGUUGGGCAAGGGACAUGCUGUCCUUUUACGGAGAGCAGAGCUCAAGACUUUUGUUAAUUUUCAUGGCAAUGAGGCAGGCAAAGGUGGGGAUUUGACACAUGAUGAGACUACUAUAAUAGCUGGGGCACUUGAAUUGACUGAAAAGACAGCAAAAGAUGCCAUGACUCCCAUAUCGAAGGCAUUUUCCCUUGAUCUGGAGGCAACUCUUAAUUUGGACACAUUGAAUGCAAUAAUGAACAUUGGUCACAGUAGAGUCCCAGUUUAUUCAGGGAAUCCAAACAAUAUAAUUGGACUUGUACUGGUUAAAAAUCUCUUAGCAGUUGAUCCAAAAGGCUCAGUUCCCUUAAGAAAAAUGAUCAUAAGGAAAAUUCCUCGGGUUUCAGAAGACAUGCCUCUGUAUGACAUUUUAAAUGAGUUUCAGAAGGGGCACAGUCACCUUGCUGUUGUAUAUAAAGAUUUGAAUGCAAAAGUAGAUAUGUCAAAGAAAGGUAAAGAUGGUCAACAGCUCGAAUUUAAGGACAGCUGCAGGAAGCAGAGAGGCACUGAGACACCAUUUAAGAAAGAUGAUAAUGUGGUUGGGCCCCAUAAUAUGAAGGCUAGUUUGGAGUUGCAUGGUUCACAAACUGCUACUGUAAAGAACGAUGAAGGUCAACUGAUAAAGCAGAGCCCACCACCUACUCCUGCCUUCAAGAAGCGGCACAGAGGUUGUUCUUAUUGCAUUCUGGACUUGGAGAAUGCCCCCAUUCCACAGUUCCCAUCCAAUGAAGAAGUUGUUGGUGUAAUUACCAUGGAGGAUGUGAUUGAAGAACUUCUUCAGGAGGAAAUUUUGGAUGAAACUGAUGAGUAUGUCAAUAUUCACAACAGGAUAAAGGUCAAUAUGCAUCCGAUUCAAGAAAAGGCAUCUAACUCAAUUUCACAGCCUUCUGUCAACGGCGCCUCUAUUGCAGGCACUGCAACCCCAACAUCCACCUUAUCUACAGGUCCUACACCAACUCUUUCCAUCUCCACCGGCACUUCGUUGCCCAGUUCACCAAGUGCUACAAAUCAAGUUUCUAAUGAGGACUUGUUGAAGGAUCAAUAAUAUAUUAGCUAUCAAACUCAUUAUUUAACAGUUAAGAUAGAUCAAGUACGAGGACAGAGACAGGGAUUAAGUUACUUGGCAUACGAGGAAGGCUGCUGAUUUACUCUAACUAACUACAUAGGCAUAGUUGCUAUUUGCCACGCUAGAAUUUAGAGUAUGGGCUCUUUUGGUAUUGCUAUUGCAAGUGGUAGAUUUUUUAGCCGAAUUGCGAAUUGUGAGCAGUUCUUUUGUUGGUCAAAGAAUGUAGUUAAUUGCAACAGAAUUUAUUAUGGGUCCAAGAUUGGUUUUGGGUUGAAAUGUUUUCUAAUAUCAUUUUAAAUCCAUGUAGCUAUAUUGUAUUCAUUAGGUUAAUGAGAUUAUUUUUAAUUUUGUCAAAAUGUACUAUUUAUAAUAGGCUAGCAGUUCCAUA